AUGAGCGUAAGGCUAGUAUCUAAAUCGUUUGGUCGGUUAGAGAAACCUUUGAUUGCGUAUGCUAAUUCAGGAGUAUCUAUUAGACGUUAUUCUGAUAAUAGUCUGGACUCAACUACGCAUUUUGGAUAUAAAACCGUGAAUAAAGAUGAUAAAGAAAAAUUAGUUAAAGGAGUUUUUUCUUCUGUUGCUUCAAAUUAUGAUGUUAUGAAUGAUGUUAUGUCUCUUGGUAUACAUAGGGUAUGGAAGAGCCAUUUUAUUAACAGGUUAGAUGCUGGUAUGAGACCCGGUGCAAGCCGUCCAUUGGAUUUUCUCGAUGUUGCUGGUGGUACCGGAGACAUUGCGUUUGGUUUAUUAGAGCACGCGGAAAAGAAAUAUAAUGACAGGUUGUCAACCAUGACGGUGGCUGAUAUUAAUCCUGAUAUGUUAGCCGAGGGAGAAAUGAGAUUCCAAGAGCUGAAGUGGAACGACGGUUCGGACAGAGUUAACUUUUUGGUUCAAAACGGUGAAACUAUGGAUGCUAUUGAGGAUAACUCUAAGGAUGUUUACACUAUUGCAUUUGGUAUUAGAAAUUUUACUGAUAUUCAGGCGGGUCUUAACACUGCUUACAGAGUAUUGAGACCAGGUGGUAUAUUCGCAUGUCUUGAAUUCUCCCAGGUUGACAACCCUAUUCUCGACUAUGCUUACCAAGCAUAUUCUUUUUCAUUGUUGCCAUUGAUGGGUCAAUUGGUUGCCAAUGAUAGAGAAUCUUAUCAAUACUUGGUUGAAAGUAUCAGAAGAUUUCCAAAGCAAGAAGAAUUCAGAGAUAUGAUUGAAAAGGCGGGCUUUUAUAUUCCUGAAAGAGGUUAUGAAAAUUUGACUUUUGGUGUUUCGUCAAUCCAUAUUGGUGUGAAACUUUAG